AAAAAGAAAAGAAAAGAAAAGAAUGUGGGUUAUAUGGUGGAUAUUGCAGCAAAAGAAAAACCAGACCUUCCAUGCUGAAGGAUGAGAGAGACAGCAAAGAGAUUGAGAGAGAAAGACAGAGAGAGAGAGAGAGAGAGAGAUGGUGUGAUAAAAGAGGAGGUUUAAGGGAGGGUUUUAGGUCCACCAACUGGUAGUUAGAGAUAGAACUCCUUAACCAAACAUAUCCUCAACAACAGCCAAAGGAGAAGAAGAAAGAAGAAGAGGAAGAAAGGGAAGGACGAAAGAAAGCAGUAGUGGAAGAAUUUGAAAGAAGAAGCAAAAAGAGAGAGAGAGAGUGGGGAGGGGAGAGAAGGAGGACAAGUACUACCAACUACUACAACUGGGUUUCAAAGCAAGAACCUCAAAAAGCAAAAAAAGUUUCUUCUUUUAUCUCCAAAAAGAGGAAGCUAUUUUUUAGAAGAAAUAAAUAGUUAGAAGAGAGAAAACUAUCAUCUUUUGAAGGGGAGAGACAGAGAGAGAGAGAGAGAGAGGAGGUAUAAGGUUCAAGUUUGAGUGAAUCUCUCACGUGGGGUUUGAUGGAAAUGAUGGAUAGAGAAUAUAUGAUUAGGGAAAAGGAGCAAAAAAAAGUGAUAUAAUUCAUUGCUCUAUCUCUCUCUCUCUUUGAGUUUGAAUUAUUAUUAUCAUUGCCUUUUAUUUCUAUCAACAAACCGAAAAGGCUCUUUUUUUUUUGGGUUUAUCUCUUUUUUGAUAUUUUUAUUGUGGUAUGUGCAAAAAUUUCGAUGAAAAGUGAAGUGUUGGGUGGUUGUUCUUCUGGGUUCUUGGGAUCGCAAAGUGUUUGGUUUCUUAAGGAUUUUGUUAUCAGCAGCGGAUCGGGUGGUGUCUUUGAGAAUUCCUGUUCCCCACAACUCCCACAACUCCCACAACUGUUACUGGUUUCAAGUUUCAGUUCAUGGCGCAACUAUGUAAUCUGACUUGAACGGGGCGCCAGGAAAGUUUCCAGAUUGAGAGAAAUAUGGCUACUUAUUACACUGGUUCCAAUAAUCAAAGAGAUACCGCCGCAAUGAUCUAUUUAAGAGAAUCGAUGCCUGGUUCAUAUCCAGAGGCACCUGUUCUUCCUGUUAAUUCUAUGAUGUAUAUGAAUUCUGGUUCAUACUCAGACGCAUUCGCUGGGAAUUCUCAGCAACAAAAUAACUGCAUUGAGAUUCAGGCUGUGGAAGCUUCAGAUUCAACUUCACAGCAUCAAGAAAUCUUGUCAAACCUUGGUGGCUCCCGAGUUGGGGAGCAUGAUUUUGGUACUUGGAGGGAUGGUAGAAACGAAAUGCUAGUUAUGCAUCCAAUGGGUGGUCCUGCCAGCUUCCUCCAUGGUGGUCAAAGCUUGCAAGGGCAAGGACUGUCCCUUAGCCUUGGUACCCAAAUUCCCUCUGGAAUUCAAAUGCCUUCCAUGCCCUAUCGAAAUCCCAAUUCAGGGUUUGCUUCAUUCUUGAGUCCAAAUCCAUCACUUACCGGAGAAGGUGGCAGCAGGAAUAGCUCUUCUAGAGAUGAACAGUCAAGAAAUGCUGAAUAUCUGCCACCUGGUUUUUCUGGAGGUAACCAAGAUUCAAAUAAAGGGGAUUUGUCUGCAUAUGGGAUGUCAAGUAUUGCAAGAACUAUUCCUAAUUCCAAAUAUCUCAAGGCAGCACAACAGCUGCUUGAUGAAGUUGUUAAUGUUCGAAAGGCUCUAAAGCAGCCUGAUGGAGAGAAAAACCAAAGCUCACAAGACCGGAUGAAGAGUUCCACGGAUGAUGAUGGGGGAUCAAAGAAUGUGCCUUCAAACCAGCAAGAAUGCUCCAACAACUCUCCAAACGAGAUGUCACAUGCUGAAAGACAAGAACUGCAAAGCAAGUUAACAAAGCUGUUGUCCAUGUUGGAUGAGGUUGAUAGAAGGUAUAAACAGUAUUAUCAUCAGAUGCAGAUUGUAGUAUCAUCAUUUGAUGUGAUAGCAGGGUGUGGAGCAGCUAAGCCUUACACAGCGCUUGCACUGCAGACUAUAUCCCGCCACUUCCGAUGCUUGCGUGAUGCAAUUAAUGGUCAAAUUCGGGCAACACGUAAAAGUCUCGGGGAGCAGGAUACUUCAGAAAACAGUAAAGGAGUAGGAAUUACUCGUCUACGGUAUGUGGAUCAGCAGCUGAGACAACAGAGAGCUCUUCAGCAGCUUGGUAUGAUGCAACAACAUGCAUGGAGGCCUCAGAGAGGGCUGCCUGAAAGCUCGGUUUCAAUACUUCGUGCUUGGCUAUUUGAGCAUUUUCUUCAUCCCUACCCGAAGGAUUCUGAUAAGAUCAUGCUAGCAAGACAAACUGGCUUGACUAGAAGUCAGGUUUCCAAUUGGUUUAUAAAUGCACGGGUCCGUCUCUGGAAGCCUAUGGUCGAAGAGAUGUACAAGGAAGAAUUUGCAGAUGCAGAGAUGGACUCUAAUUCUUCUUCUGAAAAUGCAGUCAAAGCAACGAAAGGUGAUACAAGGACCUCUGAGGACAGAGGUGAAGAUCUGCAACAAAGUGGGAGUUCAUCAGCCACAGAGAGAUGUAGCACUGGACAAUUGAUGGAUUCCAAAUCAGACCCCGUUUCUGAUGUAGAAAUGGCAGGACCAAGUACUGGAGCUGGUUUCCAAAAUGUCUCACGUGGAGAAACUGAAACUGAAUAUGGGUUACUGAAGCUAAGGGAAGAGAAGAGGCCUAAUGUGGAUGACUCUAAUCUCUUUCCUGAUGCAAUUGCUCAUUCUGGUGGCGGUAAUGAUCGGUUUAUGGCAGCUGCUGCUGCUGCUUAUCACAUGUCAGAAUUGGGGAGGUUUGGAAGUGGAAGCGGGGUGUCUCUCACUUUGGGAUUGCAGCAUUGCGAGGGUGGUAGUAUACCUAUGUCAGGUGGUAGCCAUCAAAGUUUCGUUGCAGUGAGAAGGGAUGGCAUAUACAAUCCUGCAGCAUCUUCUGUAGGAGCCGAAACAGCAGAUUUUGAAUGCAUAAAACCUGGUAACCGGCAGCACAGGUUCAGUUCCUCUCAUUUGUUACAUGAUUUUGUAGCAUGAAAUGUCCUUGACUGCAGAUUUACAUGGGUUAAUCUUCACGUUAUUCUCUUACGGGGAGAAGCAACUGUAGAGUGAGAGCCAGAUUGUCAACUGCUCGUUCAUCUUGCUUGCCAAUGGUAUUGGAAAGACAAGUCCUCUGAAUAUGGAGAAAGUAUAAAGACACAGUUGUAAUAUAUCAAGAAACUGAUUGGAGGGUCAGCAUAUUUGUAAAGAUACAUAAUUUUUGUUUAAUAUGUGAAGGGAAAAUGUACAAUUAGUUGCAGCUUCGGUAUUGAAGAAGAAACAUUCCUGAUUUGAAAUAAAGGUAGGAAUUGGGUUGUUCUA